AUACACUUUUGUUUUUGAGAAUAUCAUGGCUGCCAAUCUUCCAUUGCUGCUCAGCCUGGCUGAUGAUUUGAAUCGCAUGUCCGUGGCUCCAUUCUACGAGUCACCCUGUUGCUGGCGUCGUCAGCAGAGGAAUCCUUAUCUGGCACUCGCCGCACAUCCUUUGGAGCAACAGCUGAAGCAACUGGACAAACCCGCCGCCUGUAAAGUGGGCAAGGAUGGUUUCCAGGUGUGCAUGGAUGUCGCUCAAUUUAAGCCCAGCGAACUCAAUGUCAAGGUGGUGGACAAUUCGAUUGUCGUCGAGGGCAAGCAUGAGGAGCGCGAGGAUGAUCACGGCUACAUCACCCGGCACUUUGUGCGUCGCUAUGCUCUACCGGAGGGCUACGAGCCGGAGAAGGUCGCCUCCACGCUGUCCUCGGACGGAGUGCUCACUGUGAAUGUGCCAAAGCCGUUGGCCAUCGAGGAGAAGGGCAGCGAGCGCAUUGUUCAGAUCCAGCAGGUGGGACCAGCUCAUCUCAAUGUGAAGCACAAUGCCAAGGAACAGAUUGAGGAGGCUGCCACCAAUGACAAGUAAAUGGAGCAUCAAAUCAUCACCAAGUCAUACAUCAUUAUACUAUUAAUAAUUAUAAUAAUCAAAGUCAAUGUCUGUUUUAUAUACGAAAUACAUCACGCAUUAAAAAAUAAUACAGUGAGUCAUCAUAGUAUAGCAACACCCAUCAUUUUAAAAGCAUAAAAGAGAUUGUAACUGCAUUUACUUUUUACGAUAUAACGAAAAUCGUAAUGAAUUAAAAAUUACACUUAGUCAAAAAUA